CUAAGAGUGUGGAAUGUAGUCGCGCUUUUUAUUUUAAGUUGACCCUUGACGUCUCGAAAAAUUGUUUUAGGAGUGCGUUUUGUCCAAACGUUCGUGACAUUUAAAAAUCGACCAUCCGAAAAGGCGAUAAAGCUGUGUGUACAAUCUUCGAUGCAGCCGGCCAGUAGAUAACUUACAGGCUGUUCCAUGCCAAAGCCCGGGCGGCGCCUUCAACUAUAAGGAAAUCGGCGCAGAAUUAUCGGAGUGAUAGUGGCUUUGGUAACAGCUGCGAGGGCGGAGCGCUGACGGCGUUUCGAAGUUUGCGCAGAACCGUCGGCCCGACGUUUGGCACCCAACGUAUGCGCUGUUCGUCAUGGCGUCCGAAGGCCAGCGGUACACGCUGUGUGGUUUUACCCAGGAACUAGACUGGAGACCUCUGUGCUUUGUCGAGCCUAUUGCGACGAACAAACUAUGCGACGCGUGCGGUGUGCUGCCUCGAGUGACCGUCUUUCUGCCGUGUCGACACGUGCUCUGCAAAAGCUGCUACGAGCAGUGCCUACUCGAUGACGGACACACCUGCCCACUCGACGGUGACCAGUUUCAUGAAGAAGACGCUCAGUGGAUGCACUUUCCUUUGGAAAACCUACUCAGGCGCAAGGUAAAAUGCUGGAACGAAAAGCAUGGCUGCGACAUGGUUUUGGCUGCAUCGGAGCAAAACAACCAUUUUUGCAAUGACUGUGACCACCACUCUACUUCGUGUCCUAGAUGUUCGAACGUCGUGCUCCGUAGAGAUGUGCGCGCGCAUCUUCAGAGCAAAUGCAGCGACCACGUGGUAUCAGCAACGUCCAGACCUCAACAAACGCCCGACAGUGACAACAUAUCAGUGAUGACAGCUCUGAAUGCAAGCAUGGACGUACGAGUAGGUGGAAUGAACAACAGGCUAGACCAAGUUAUUACAGAUAGUAAUGGCCACAGUGACCGCCUAAGUGAGAUUUCACAUUGCAUGAACUCUAUGAAAGAAACACUGCUACAGAUAGCAAAUGGAAGUAGAACGUUUGAGAACGUAGCUUCACAAACAGCAUCUACCCAUUGCUGCUCUGGAGCAAUCCAGGAAACUUUGGUUGGUCACAGAGAAAUGCUGCAGGAGCUUCAAGGAUCGAUAAGCUUUUCAAAUGUAACACUGAAGGAAGCUUUGGAGGACACGAAGCGAACUGUCGAACAGCUCAAAGAAAAUACAGCAAGCAAUUUGGUAGUGCAAUUAAGGCAAAGUUCGAUUUUUCACACCGACAUGCUCAAAAAAGUUUGUGAAGUUGAGAAUACGCUAAAGGAGAUCUUUGGAAAGGAGUUGCAGGCUGCCACCAGGGAAAUCUGUCGAAAUUUGGCCGAAAGUGCCGCUCGAAUUGCUGAUCCGACAAAUUGCGUGGAGCGAAGCGUGUCUAGUGCAAUAAAUAAACAACAAGAACUGGCCCUAAAUACAAUCAGUGUUAGGCGAUACAAGUUUUCUGUAAACAAAUUCAAAGCCACGAAAGACAGCGCGUAUUCAAAGGGCUCUCAUCUACACCAGAAUGAAAAGGUUUACAUUUGUGGCUAUCACUUGUCCCCAGGAGUCCACCUAAGAAAAGAGGGAGAGCAUGUGUUACUGCACGCUAGAUUGCAGCUACACAAGGGAGUGCUCGAUGAAUUCCUUCAGUGGCCUUUCAAUCAGAAAAUUCAGUUGACCAUCAAACAUCCAUCAAGAGACAAGCACUGCCAGUUUCUUGUUGAAACUGGAGACAAUCUUUUGUGCAAUGCGAGGCCCGAAGAAUCAGGUAGCAGAGGCUCGUACUUUCCAGGUAGUUCAUUUCGCUUGGAUGAUCUUGAACGCGAAGGAUAUGUCACGGACGACAAGCUUCAGAUAGUCUGGGAACUGGUUCCGAAAGACAUACCCAAAUAAUACUGAGGAGAGCUCUCCGUAUAUAUUAAAAUACUUAGUCUUUUAAAACUCUUUCGGAUAUACGUCGCUCUUCGGCGUACCUUUGUGGAAAGAAAAAUAAAGCAUGCUACUGAAAUGUAUCUGGGGGCUUUGCUAUUAUGUGGGGUAAAUAAUUUUAGGUUUUAUGGAUUUUAUAGGAUCUUUCUGUUGAAUUUUAUUUAUUAAGGUGGAAUAUUCCGAGAUAAAAGCUGAAUUAUUCAGAAAUUGAUUAAUAAGCUUCUUCUAAUAAUUAUGGCACCUAUUGUUAUUUACGAAUUGUAGCCGGUGAGAUUGUGAGGCCUAUCUACUCCUAAUUAAUUUUCAGAAUAUCAACAGCUUGGUCAUGUGCGCCAUCCGACUUGCCGUAAAAAUAUACCGUUGUUGCACUUAAUUGUUUUAGCAAUAAGCUUUUUAAUGCAUGAAAAAGGAAAGGUAACUUGAACGCCCAUGUAUUUAGUCACAUAAUUUUGGGAAAUAACACGAAACUGAUGUCAUGCUGGGAAUUCAUUUCAAGUGGGUGCGUCUUGAAAACACGACGUCUACAAGAAGUAACCACAAAACGCCCAUGUUUCUGUCAAUGAAAGUCCGGUGUAGAUGAAUAAAUUUCCCAUAUUACUUCA